UAAAUAAACACAGAUGAACUGUCGAGCACAUUCACAAAAAAAUGUUCUGGCAAUGUCUGCUUGACUUCAUAAGACUGUUGGAAACCACAGGAGAAGCACGUCACCUCGAAAAAUACACUGAGAUGGGGUUUUAAACAAGCGAAGCAGACAUGUUCCUCCUAGAAGACAUUUCUGCAGUCAUUGAACACUUAUUUUAACACUUAACGCUUGUUAUUUGUGAAUUACCUCUCAUCGAUAUUUUUCCUUUCCUUUUUUAUCGGACUUUUAAACAGUCUCGGACUGUGGGCAGCGGAAAUGAAGAAUCCACAUCUAAUCAAUAGUCAUUGCAAGAUCCUAAAUUCGGUGUCUGGAGACAAGAAAUUAAAACGGAAAGCCAGAGAUCCAAUUAAGUGUGUCAGUGACGGUAAUUUACAUUACUUUAAGUUGUACAAGAACUCGCAUCUCGUGGACGAGACCCUGGGAAAUAACUGUGUAAAGGAGCCGCAUGAUGUGGAAAUAAUCGCACCGAGGGAUGACAUCAUCGGACACGAUAUUUUCAAUAGCGCUCUCGAUAUGAGAAUUAACACCGGGAUUACUGGAGACAUGUCCGACUCGAAACAGAGGUCCAUCUCCGACAAGACUGUCCAAAACAAAAUAGCUAAAACAAGCACAGACGUUUCGGGUUUGAGCAGUCAACAGGUUUUUGUGUUGUCUCAGCGCGCAGUCUCGCAGGCGCCUACAGGCAGCGACAGGACCGAGUCCGUGGAAUCACAUAGGAAACGCGCGGGAGAGCCGUCUGGCGUCGUCACGGAAAUCAAAGCCAUUCAGCAGACGCGCAGGCUACUAGCGAACGCGCGAGAGAGGACGCGGGUGCACACCAUCAGUGCAGCCUUUGAGGCGCUCAGAAAGCAGGUACCCUGCUACUCUUAUGGGCAGAAGCUUUCCAAGCUGGCUAUAUUAAGAAUAGCUUGCAACUACAUACUGUCCCUAGCUCAGCUUGCAGACCUGGACUAUACCCCAGACCACCGCAAUAUGAGCUUCAGAGAGAGUGUGGAGCAGUGCACUCGAACUCUACAGGCCGAGGGACGCUCCAAGAAAAGGAAGGAAUAAAAUGAAGAAUGUAUUCUGUGGCUUUGGAGAAAGAAGGACCUCAAUCCACUAUAAAAUGAAGACACUAUACCCAUGAAGAAGCAUCCUGCAAUUUAAUUAACUAAAAUGCAAAGAGGGGUGUUUUAUAGUAAACACUGUGCUGUUGAUUUUACAGUUGUCAGUGUUGAAAACAAACCUCUAUAAACUAGGGUCUAAGUAUGCUAUUGCUAACUUUUGUAUAAAUGACCCCCCAGGACUAAAAGACUGUGCUCUCAAAUUGAUUAACUGAGGUAUUUCUUAAUAUUCAUAUACAGUUUUACAGACGAUUUACAACAUUUUAGUAAAUCCCAUAUUUCUCUGUUGGUCAAAAAUAUCAUGCCAUGUGCCAAUCUCUAAUGAAUCUAUCAAGACUUCAUGAAUGAAUCUUUCUUGUAAAUCUCUUCAUAUAAUUAUAUUAUUCUUCAUUCAAUCAAAUACACUAUAUACAUUGAUGUAAAUGAAAAUGGUAAAAAACUACUUUAACACUCAUCUGCUGUCUUCCAUUGAGCUUUAGUUUAUGUUAAUCUAGGAAACUGAACCAUUCUGAGCUGUGGUUUAGUCAGCCAGUUUCCAUGCCAUGUUUUAGUCUGUAUCAGGACCAUUUACUAUCUAACUUGUAAAUGAGGUAUCAUACAAAGAUACAUUUACACAUAUAUAACUUUGUUUUGGGUAAAUAAACCAGUCAGUUCAAUCAGAAAAAAACUUUGUCAAUGUAAAAAGAGAUAGCAAAAAAAAAAUAAAAAUAAAUAAGCAGUAUAGUGGCAAGAAAAAGUAUGUGAACCCCUUGGAAUUAACUGGUUUUCUGCAUUAAUUGGUCAUAAAAUGUAAUCUCAGCUUCAUCAAAGUCACAAGCACAGACAAACACAGUAUGCUUAAGCUAACAACAAACAAUUAUAAUCUCUCAUGUCUUUAUUGAACACAUCCCAUUAAACAUUCACAUUGCUGUGGAAAAAGUAAGUGAACCCUUAUUUACAGUAAUAACCUCAACCAAGCGUUUCCGGUAGCUGCGGAUUAGACUUGCACAAUGUUCAGAAGGAAUUUUUUUAACAUUCUUCCUUACAGAACUGCUUCAGUUCAGCCAUAUUCUUAAGAUGUCUGGUGUGAACAGCUCUCUUGAGGUCAUUCCACAGAAUCUCUAUUGAGUAAAGGUCUGGGCUCUGUCUGGACAACAUCUAAAGGUGGAUUUUCAUUUUUUAAGCCAUUCUGUAGUGGAUUUACUUCGAUGUUUAGGGUCAUUGUCCUGCUGCAUCACCCAGCUUCUACUGAGCUUCAGCUGGCGCACAGCCACCCUGAUAUUAUCCUGUAGGACAGUGGUUCCCAACCCUGUUCCUGGAGGUAUCCCAACACUUGCACAUCUCUCUUAUCUGACACAACCUGUUCAGGUCGUAGAGUCUCUACUAGUGAGCUAAAGAGUUGAAUGAGGUGUGUUUGAUUAGGUAUAUUAGAUAUACAAAAUGUGCAGUGUUGAGGGGUCUCCAGGAACAGGGUUGGGAACCACUGCUGUACGAUAUCUUGAUAAACUUGGAAAUUCAUUUUCCCCUCCAUGAUGGCAAGCGGUCCAGGCCCCAAAGCAGCCCCAAAUCAUGAUGCUUCCUCCACCAUACUUCACCACUGGGAUUAUGUUUUCAUGUUUGUAUACGGUGCCCUUUUUAAGACAUACAUAGUGCUGCAUGUUCUUCCCAUACAAUUCAAUCUAGUUUCAUCAGUUGACAAAACAUUUUCCCAGUAGCGUUGUGGAUUAUCAAGGUGGUAUUUUGCUAACUUCAGGCAUGCAGCAAUGUUUUUGUUGGAAAGUAGCGGCUUCCUUCGUGGUGUCCUGCCAUGGACACCAUGCCUAUUUAAUGUUUUCUGUAUGGUAGACUCAUGAAAAGAGAUGUCAACUAGUUCCAGUGAUUUUUUUCAAGUCUUUAGCUGUCACUCUAGGGUUCGUUUUUACCUCAUUGAACAUUCUGUGGUGUGCCCUUUGAGUCAUCUUGGCUGGAUGGCCACUUCUAGGGAGAGUAGUCACAGUACUAAAUCAUCUCCUUUUAUAAACAGUUUGUCUAACUGUGGACAUAUGAAUAUCUAAGCUCUUUGAGAUAACUGUGUAACCCUUUACAGAUUUAUACAAAGGAACAAUUCUUGAUCGUAGGUCUUCUGAGAUCUCUUUUUUUGUGAGGCAUGGUCUAUGUCAGCAGAUGCUUCUUGUGAAUAGCAAACUCAAAACAUUUCAGUGCUUUUUAUAAGUCAAAGUAGCUCUAACCCACACCUCCAAUCUCGUUUCAUUAAUUGGAUGCCAGGUUUGGCAUCUCCUGACUCUAAUUAGCUUUACUUUUUUUGGUUAGCUUUUUGUCAUUAACAUAGGGGUUCGCAUACUUUUUUCAACCUACACUGUGAAUGUUUGAAUGAUGUAUUCAAUAUUUACAAGAAUAUAAUAAUUUGUGUGUCAUUAGUUAAAACAGAUUGUGUUUUUUCAUUAUUGUAACUUAGACUGAGAUUUCAAGACAAAUUUAUUCAUAAAUGCUGGUAAUAUCAAAGGGUUUGCAUACUUUUUCUUGCCACUGCACCUGGCAAAAUAAAUAAUUUGACCACUC